AUAAGCAUUCCUCGCCAUGAAUGGCAGGUUCCGCGCGCGAUCAAUUAGUACCUAGCUACAUUUCGCAACACAUAUACAUCCAAGUAUUAAGGUAGUGGUUUCUCCAAGUCGUCCGAAAUGAAGCAUGUAUCGAAGGAUCGCAAAGUAAGCUCGAUUAUUAUGAACACAUCUAGAAUACGAAAUAGGUUCUAUCCUUCCCUUUACUCUCUAUUUACAUGUACAUCGGAUCCUUAACUAGGAAAGUCCUAAGGCUAGAACCGCCAGCACCUAGGUAUUUAUAUCCCAACAAUAUCAGUAAACCCUUAAUCUCAGAUUAAGGUCAGCUUUCCUUCAAACGAGUACCUAAAUUAUCCUACUUCGCAUUGAGUCUUCACGAUGGAAUCCAUCCGACGUUGUCUAGGUUCCCGUUACCUCGUCGCAGUCAUUUGGGCAUUGGCCUUACAGGUACCUACCGCCAGCACGAUAAAUAUUCCAGAACCGACAGGUCCAUAUCAAGUUGGCGUCAGCACCCAUACAAUAAAACAUUUCAACGCGAAUGAUCCUCUAGCACCAAAUAAUGUUAGCACGGCAUUUCUCGCGACUAUAUUCUAUCCUACACUCCAAAAGCCAGAAGAUGCAGCACGGCCAUAUCUAAAUCCAGAAACGGCAGCGUACUAUGAGAAGUCUUGGAACUAUACCUCCGGGGUCCUUUCUUCGAUAACUUCAACUGUCCAAAAGAACGCCCCGUUUCUUCAGGGUGCGGUGGGAGAGUCGCCCUACCCAACCAUCCUAUUCGGCCCCGGAGGAGUUGGUCCACCUGUUGAAGGCAGCACGAUUCUGCUUUCUGAACUAGCUUCCUAUGGUUAUACCGUCAUUGGGCUAGAUCAUCCAUUCGAACAGCCUUUCCUUCGGUUCCCAAACGGAACAGGUGUCUAUGGAAUAGACGUUGAUCUUAACAACACUCAACUCCUUGAUGCUAUCUACGAAACGCGCCUUAUAGAUAAUGCCGCGUUCUUAGAGUCCCUUUCUAUAUUCGUCGAGACCCUUAAGGCACCUAUUAACACGACACACAUUGGUGUCCUUGGUUAUUCGCUAGGUGGCGCCGCUGCAUUAGGUUCGUCCUAUUACGACGAGCGAAUAAUCUCGGGACUUAAUUUAGACGGCAGUCUAUUCGGAAGGUCAACUAGUGCGAACGCGGAUAUAAAGAAGCCAAUUUUGCUUCUAGGUAAUCAGGAACAUCACACUGGAGCACAGACAGAAGAUAUCACAUGGGACAUAUUUAUCGCGCUGCAGACAGGAUCCUUGAGGGAAAUGUCUAUCAAUGGGACAACACAUCAUGACUUCUGUGAUGAUACCUUUUGGAAAACCAUCGAGGGUAACGACCCAACAACCGGACCGAUUGAUGGUAAUCGUCAAGUUGAAAUCUUAAACGCAUACGUUAAAGCCUUCUUCGACUUCACAUUACUAGGCCAUGACUCACCUAUACUGAACGGCCCAUCCUCGGAGUGGCCAGAAGUGUCUUAUUAUAAUGUUUCUCGCGCUGGGUCGUCUACUUAACAUAAUUAUACCCACCUCGGUAUCCAUGGACCUAGGUAUUGACAGAUGCUCUUGUAGUUAGGAGGUAUAUCGAGCGGCUUAUAUCAGCCCGCGACAAUAGAGAUAGCAAUGGGGCUUGCUUCAACUUUACUGCCACGUAAAUGCUUUCCGUAGCGAUUAUAACACAGCACCCAAGCCCCUUUCCAUACUUCUUAGGACCUUCGGUUUAGUUAUGCGGAACACC